UCCUGAGCGGAACCCCAAAACCCUCCAGCUGUUUGUCGAAAUGCAGGUGAAGGAGGAGGACGACGUCGGAGUGGCGGCCAUGGUCGUGGUGGUCAUGGUGCUUAUCGUGGCCGCGCCGGCGACCAGCACCUUGCACCCCCUCGACUACUUGGUGCUGCAGUCCAUCCCCAAGUCGCUCGCCGACGCCCCGGGCGCUCACUUUUUCGCCUCUUGGGACUUCACCGCUGACCCCUGCGCCUUCUCCGGCGUGCUCUGCGCCAACGACCGUGUGGUCGCGCUCUCGCUCGGCGACCCACGCCCCGGCUCCCCAGGCCUCGCCGGCACUCUUCCGGCUUCCCUCACCCGCCUCCCCGCUCUCUCCGAGCUCUCCCUCGUCCCCGGACAGGUCGCUGGCUCCCUCCCGGCUGCUCUGCCGCCCGCCCUCCGCUUCCUCGCCCUCGCCGGCAACUGCCUUUCCGGCCCCAUUCCUCCCUCUCUGUCCUCCCUUCGCUGCCUCCGCACCCUCGAUCUCAGCUCCAAUCGCCUCUCCGGCUCCAUCCCCACUGCCCUCCUCCGCCUCCCGGAGCUUCACACGGUGAUUCUCGCAGGGAACCGCCUCUCCGGCUCGAUUCCGUCUCCCGCCGCCCCUCUCCUCCGCCUCGACCUCGCUCGCAACUCCCUCACCGGUGCGGUCCCUCCCUUGCCACCCUCUCUCCUCUACCUCUCUCUCGCCGCUAACCGCCUCACCGGCCGGGUCGAUUGCGUUCUCCCGCGGCUCACCCGGCUCAACUUCCUCGACCUCAGCAUGAACCGCCUCUCCGGCCCGAUCCCGGGGACCAUCUUCACCUUCCCCGUCGCGUCGCUUCGGCUGCAGAGGAACCAGUUCGCCGGCGACCUCCGGCCGGCGGGGCAGCUAGCGGUGGCGGGUGCGACGGUCGACCUCAGCUUCAACCGUCUAACGGGGGCCGUGCCGGCAGAGCUGGCGCCGGCAGGAAGGUUGUACCUGAACUUCAAUCGAUUCACAGGGGAAGUGCCUUUGGCGGUGGCGGGGCGGGUGGUGGCGGGGAGAAUGCGGGUGCUCUAUUUGCAUCACAACUACCUCACUGGGUUCGGAAUCAGAGCGGGGUCGGCGCUGCCGGCAGGCACGGCGCUGUGCCUACAGUACAACUGCGUGGCGCCGCCUGCGGGAACAGCCCUGUGCCCGCGAAACACGGAGUCAAGGACGACGCGGCCGCCGGAGCAAUGCGCCUCCGGUGGGAAGUAAAGCGAAACGAUACAAAUUGCAAAAAGAACCGUUCUAUUUUGUAUUUUACUAGGAGUCGACUCGAGAUGUUUACUGAUUCUUUCAUUAGUUUAAACAACUUUAUUGAUUGUCGCCUACCUACAAUUCGGUGGUUUAUUUCUCAAUUUUUUUAUUCUUUAUUUUCUUGUUUCCCAACAAAAAGUUAAAAUGAUUCAAGCACGA